AUGUCCGCAGGCCAGCCUUCGCAGCACAUCGCCAUCGUGGGAGCGGGCGUCAUUGGCCUUACGACGGCCAUCGCCCUGCUCGAAUCCUCAAACGAAAAGCUGCACCGUAGGGUGACGAUCGUCUCCAAGGACGUCCCCUCGUUGCCGCAACAGCAGGACGGCAGUCGACAGCGACAGCCAGGUGCCGCCUCACAGCACCAACCAUGGCACAUCCUGGAUCCCACGCCAGCCGUCGGCACGGGCAGCGUCGGCAGCUCGGCCAGGCAUCCCGCCACGUUUGCGAGUGCCUGGGCAGGCGGUCACCACGUCAGCGAUGCCAAGACGGAGCAGGAAAAGAGGCACGACCAGCAGACGUUCGAGCACAUGCGCCAGCUCGCCAAGCUGCGGCCGUGGCAGCACGCCAAGCUCCAGCUCGAGGCCGAACCGCUCGUCUGGGUUCACCAGACCGAGUACUUUGAAGCGCUCAAACCCGAUGGAAGCCACCCUGCGUUGGGAGUGCUGGACUGGUAUCCAGACUUCAAGGUCAUGCCGCAGGCCGCCUUGCCUCCUGGUAUCGCGGCAGGCUGCACCUUCUCGACGCUCGACAUCAAUGUGCCCGUCUACCACUCCUGGCUCCUGCUCCGCUUCCUCGAGCUUGGCGGCAGAUUGGUGCAUCGCUCAGUCUCGAGCGUCGCCGAAGCCAUCCGCCUUGCCUCUUCGCCAGACGUCCGCGCCACCUUUCAGCCUAGCUUCUCGGGCUACUUUGGUCCGGUUGAUCUGCUGAUCCUCUCGCCGGGUCUCGGUGCGAGAACACUCAAGGGGCUCGAGGAUGCCGCCGUCCAUCCACACCGCGGACAGGUCGUGCUCGUCAAUGCCCCUUGGCUCAAGAGAGAGUCGCCCUUUGGCAGCAGCGGCGGCGGCGGCGGCGGCCUAGGUGCAGAGCGGCAAGACAAGAACGAGCUCCCGGGCUUCUCUAUCGUGCGGCGCCAAGGCGGAAGGGAGACCUACACGAUCCCGCGUGGCGACGGCACCGUAGUCUGCGGCGGCACCAGACUCGUCGAUGACUGGGACGCUGCCGUCCGACCCGAGACGACGCGGGCAAUCCUGCAACGCUGCCUCCGAGUGUGUCCGCAGCUGGCGAGGCCGGAUCGUACGCUGCCCCACCUGCAUGGUGCCAAGGUGGAAGACGUCGAGGUGCUCGGCGUCAAUGUCGGACUGCGACCGGCCAGGAAGGGUGGCGUCCGGCUCGAGCGCGGCGCCGACGUCGACGGUACCAAGGUCGUGUACAACUACGGCUACGGGGGUUGGGGAUACCAGGCCUCGUGGGGAGCGGCGUGCGAGGCGAAGGAGUUGGUCGACAAGGUCCUGCCGGCGUCGCACUCUUCCCUGCCCAUCUCGAAGCUAUAG